CUGAGACAAGAAAUGGCACUUCCUGAUAUGUUGCUUUGAUGGUGCUAACAGAUGACCCUCUCUUUCAACAUGGAUAACAGGGCUCGGAGGCGAAAGGCAUUUGGGAGGCCUGCGCCAGAUGGGUAUGAGCCACACACACGCACACCCUCACUAUCUAUCGCUCACCCAAGCAUGCCCACACACACACACACACCGUCAUGGACCUUGGACAGUAGAUAGAGUGGAGUGUGUAGGUGUAGGGUGCAAGGCAUAGGACUGACUGACUAUUGAUCGAUUUGAGCGAGCGAGCAGGCAAGUGAGCGCGGCUCCAGGUUGGAAACGG